GCUCGGUUUCGCCGGCGCGGAGAUGGUGCGGACCAAGGCGGACUGCGGCGGGACUGCCGGAGCCUAUCGGAAAGUGGUAGCUGCAAGGGCUCCAAGGAAAGUGCUGGGCUCUGGGAAUGCUAACAUUCGUUCCUCCCCUACUUCACGGAAAGCUGAGAGUAAGUACAGUGGUGGCAACCCAGUGUGUAUGAGGCCAACACCACCAUGGCAAAAAGGGAUUGGAGAAUUCUUCGGGCAGUCCUCAAAGCGUUCAGAAAAAGAGAACCAGGCCUCUGAGGAGGAGCCAGGAUGCAGCGGAAUAGGAAGGCGCAGACGAAAAGCUCGUCCCCUGCCUACAGAAGAAGAAGCACCUCCUGAAGAAGACCAGAUGUGAGCCACUCGCAGCACUUGCCGUGUUCUGUAUCUGAGGUGGCUUUGUGUAUACACAUGUAUAUAUUGCAUGCCUUUUGGGUACAGGUCUUUAAAGAAGCCUAGCAUGUUGUUUUGCUUCCUGAAAUGACUGAAACUGGAAUGACUGUAUGGGAAUUGAGAGUGCUAAAAUUUCCUAGGAGUUUAGCCACCCAUAAAGCAUUGCAAUGCUGGGUUUGAUGUUGAAUGCGCUUUGCUUCUUUGUGCACUUCCUAAAAUUUGGUUAGGCCGCUACAAGUGUUAUUAAAAUUGGUUGCAAAAGCUCCAGUUGUAUUUUGAUGUGCUAUAAGUCUGUUUCUUCCAAGACCUUGAGAAGGUUGAACUGAACUCCUCUGAUUAAAUACAGAUUACUUUAUAAUAAAAGAAUUUACCAAGUAAUGACAGAAUAAUUGUUUUGCUAUUUUUUCAUUCCUAGUUCAAUAGGGUCAAGCUGCUUACAGGUAUCAAUCAUAGAUGGUUCCUCACCUCA